GUGCGGGCCUGUGGGGAGGGGAUGGCGGUGGGGCCGGGGCUCAGCCCGGGGUGGGAUGUAGUGGAGCCCGUGGGGAGGGACUGCGGCCUGCGGCGGGAUCCCUGAGCCCCAGUAGGGUGGCGGGUGGCCCGUGAGGACGGCGGGACGCCAGCUUGCAGGGGUAGGGCCGGGCCCCCGGUGGAGCUGGGGACAGGAGAGCCUGGUGCCUGGCAGAGGAGCGGGGCAGGGAGCCGGCCUCACUUCGUACAGGGCGGUGAGGAAAGCUGGCCUCUAUUCAUGUAAAGAAGCAGGUGCCUCUGUUAUUAAUUACCAAUGCAGUUUUGAUUCAGAUGUAUUGUUUGAAUUAUUGAAGAUGUCAUCAGGCCUUACAGAGGAACAAAAGAGAAGAAUUGAAGAGAACCGCCAGAAGGCUUUGGCUAGGAGAGCAGAGAGGCUUGCAGCCCAAAGAGGUGGGCAGGUGGGGAGCGUUGGACUUCAAGUGAAAAAACAGAGUCCAAGCAAUUGGGGAAACCUGAAGCAAGAAAACAAUCAUGUCAGGUUUAAUACCCAGCACCAGCAGAAUCCAGACAGUCCUGGAGUGCAGAAGAGUUAUCUUCAGAAAGAUUAUAACCAUUACACUGCAAACCAACAGAUGGCUGGCUCAUGUGGAGAGCAACAAAAGUAUUGUUCAGAGGACUCAGAACAAGCAAGUGGCAUUAAGCAAUUCCCUACAAAGAUCCCAAAUUCUCUGAGUUAUUCCCAUAAACGUUACUUGGAUGCUCGUGGUCAGCAACAUGGACAGCAAGCUUUAAUUAAUCUUGAUACAUUCCAACAGCCUGAAUGCUACCCAGCUUUCAAAAACCCUAUGGAACCAUCUCAUACUAGAGUAAUUGAUAACAGGCACCCUGAUGGUAGUAAAGAUUUACAAAGUCAGAACAAAUCUGUUUCACCACUAAGUAGCACCACCCAAAGUGAUUCACAAAUGCUGAUAAACAGACCGACAGAAAGAGAAGGGGGAGAUCGUGCCUCUCAGGCCAGCGGCAAGAUGCAGAAGUUGACCAGCUCUGCUGGUGCGGGGCCCACCUUUGAAGCUGCCUCUUGCAAAAAAACAAAUAAUGUUACAAAAGGAAAAUGUGUAAAAUAUGGGGAAGACCGAUUCCAGGUUGAAGUAGGGUAUAAUGCUGAACUCAUUGCUUUGUUUAAGAAGAUACCAAGCAAAAGCUAUGAUCCUACUAUGAAAAAAUGGAAUUUCAGUUUGGAAGAUUACAGCAAUUUCAUGAAAGCAGCAAAUCAACUCUCGUCAGUAAUUCUGGCACCACUGGAAGGAGAAAAUGCAAUUGGCUUGGCAUCAGGCUCUCAUUCUGUUGGCAGUAGAGUUGAUGUGAAAUCUCUCUUGAAGAUGUGUAAGAACUGGAAGAAACCCUCAGCCCUUGUCAAAGGGAAAUGCGUCCUGAUCUCUCGCUUGCGGUUUGAGGUUGAUAUUGGGUAUUCUGCAGAAGUGAUUGGAGUGUUCAAACAGAUGAAUUCCAGAAAUUAUGAUAUGAACACCAGAAAGUGGAAUUUCCUGCUGGAGGACUAUCCCAAACUGAUGGAAGCGUUACAGAGCCUUGUGUCAGUAGAAGUGGAGCCACUGCCUGAGGCUGUAAUACAAACCUUUGCAGCUCAAAUACAGAGAUCUACAUCACAGACAGACAUUCCUGAUGCUGACCUUUCAGUGGUGGACUCAGAAAUUGUGACAAGCCUCAUGCCCUUUCAGCGGGAAGGUGUGAAUUUUGCAAUUUUAAGAAAUGGACGUUUACUUCUCGCGGAUGACAUGGGCUUGGGCAAGACCAUCCAGGCGAUCUGCAUUGCUGCAUAUUACCGGAAGGAAUGGCCCUUGCUGGUGGUGACUCCUUCUUCUGUGAGAUUUACAUGGGCAGAGGCAUUUCACAGGUGGCUUCCAUCCUUGAGUCCAGGUAGCACCAACGUCAUAGUGACUGGCAAAGACAACCUAACAUCAAGCUUGAUCAACAUCAUCAGCUUUGACCUCCUCAGCAAGAUGGACAAGCAACUUAAGAGCACUUUCCAAGUAGUUAUUGUUGAUGAAUCUCACUUCCUGAAGAACAUAAAAACUGCACGAUGCCGAGCUGCCAUGCCUCUACUCAAGGCUGCCAGGAGAGUGAUCUUGCUGUCGGGAACCCCUGCCAUGUCGCGGCCUGCAGAGCUCUACACACAGAUCGCAGCUGUCCAGCCAGCCUUCUUCCCACAGUUCCACUCCUUUGGGCUGCGCUACUGUGAUGCCAAGAAGAUGCCAUGGGGUUGGGACUACUCUCGAUCGUCCAACUUAACUGAACUGAAAAUUUUGCUGGAAGAGUCCAUCAUGAUCCGACGUCUGAAAUCGGACGUGCUUUCACAGCUUCCAGCGAAGCAACGCAAAGUGAUUGUGGUGGCUCCUGAAGGCAUUAGCGCAAAGACCAAAGCUGCCUUGGCAGCUGAAGCAAAGAAGAUGGCCAAAGGAUAUGAAAGUAAACAACAGGAGAAGGAAGCUCUUCUCCUCUUCUACAAUAGAACGGCAGAAGCUAAAAUCCACUCAGUCAUAGAAUACAUCCUGGAGUUACUGGAACGUGGGAAUGAUAAAUUUCUGGUGUUUGCUCAUCACAAGAUAGUGCUGGAUGCAAUAGUUGCAGAGCUGGAGAAGAAACGUGUUGAAUACAUUCGCAUUGACGGCUCCACACCUUCAGCGGAGCGGCAGUCUCUGUGCCAGAAGUUCCAGUUCUCAGAGAAGCAGAUUGUGGCCCUCCUGUCCCUCACUGCUGCAAACAUGGGCCUGACAUUGUCUGCUGCGGACCUGGUGGUGUUUGCAGAGCUCUUCUGGAAUCCAGGGGUUUUGAUCCAGGCAGAAGAUCGGGCACAUCGAAUUGGACAGACCAGCUCCGUUAACGUUCACUACCUGGUGGCUAAAGGCACAGCAGAUGACUACUUAUGGCCAAUGAUUCAAAAGAAAAUUGAAGUGCUGGGGGAAGCUGGUCUUUCAGAAACCAAUUUCUCCAAAACAGCUGAAUCCACUAAUUACUGCCCUAAGCCAGAUCCUAAGCAGAAGACCAUAUAUGACCUUUUCCAGAGGACCUUCUCUGAGUGUGGAGAUGACACUGAUGAACUUCUGCUUUUGGAGGCAGCUGAUGCUUGCUGUGAGGUUGACUCUGGCAGUGCCUUGCAAGAUACAGGAGGAGAGACAUGUUCAGUGAGUUCCCCCAAAAAGCGGCGUAUUGAGGAGUUUUUUAACGCGUAAUGGUGGCAGCAAUGAGAAGGUGACUACGAGAAUUUUUAAAAUUAAAAAAGAGAAAACAAAAGCAAUCAAGUAUUAUUUUUUGAGUUUUCAAAAAUAAAAGACUUAAGUUUUCUGUAUCUGUGGUGCAUUUAAUCUCGAAGGACGAGAAGGCAAUCUGACAGCAUGAUAGAUGAGCAGAGUGCACCUGGCAGCCUGCAGGAUUUGCAGUCCUGGUUUUGCUGACAACUGAGUGGCCAUGGGCAAGUAGCUUGCUCCUUUCUGUCAGUUUCCACAAUUGUUUGGUUUAAAAAGCAGAUAAUGGUUGUCUGUCCAAAAGGCAGGACUAUUGUGAAAACUUCUCAGCAGCUGCAGAGUGCUUUUAACAUUAGUCUUCCAUCUCCAAGAAUUUCGGUCUGUAUUUAUAGCAGUCAGUUCACUGGCAGUGUUUGGCCCUUACGCUCACAAACUGCCUUUCUGGUGUUCAGUCUGGCAGUGAGGGGAAAAGGUCCAGACAGAUCUUGACAUUUUGUGGAGGUGAGGGAGAGCCCCAUAUUUUUGUCUGUGCAGAGCAGUCAGUGCCUUGAAACUAAGCAGUAAAACUGUCUGCCAGGGAGUGUGUGUUGCCUGUUAGGCACGUGUCUGCCUGAGCACACUGAUCUCUGGCCUCAUCUGCUAAAUUUUAGGACCUGCUCCAUGGCACGUGCUUUUUGUGUCAGUGGAGGGUGAAGCUUGUGCUGACUGCCAGUGAUUAAGCCUGGCUGCUCAGGAAGAAUGUGUGUGUAUGUGUGUGUGUUUUCUUCAAGACUUGGUACUGGUUUCCGCAGAUGAGUGAUGAGAGGAGGACAUGUGGACUUCUGUUCUCGUUCUGUAAGAAACCGAUUCUGGACUGAGCUGUUUAAAUAAAAAGUUGUUUUAAGUAA